AUGGAUUCCCUGGACAAAGCUCAAGUACUCCUCCUCUGUGACCUGUGUCAAAGAGCUCCAUUACAGAGUCAUUGUGAACUUUGUCAUAUUAACCUGUGUAAGACCACACACAGAAACAUUGUGAACUGUGAGAAAUGUGACAUUCCUGUCUGUUCUACCUGCAUCUCCUCUGGUAAACAUCACGGUCAUAUAAUAACAGAUAUCCUACAAAAACUAACUUCUAAAACAAAAGAUUUAGAAAUUGACUUACAAGAACUAGAGAAAAGAAUUCAUCCUACCUACAAAGAUAUUGCAUUAGAUCUAAACUCUGAAAAAGAAAGCUUGGAAAAACAUUAUGAGAAACUGACAACAGCUGUCACCAAACAAGGCGAAGACUGGUACAGAGAAAUAAUCAUUAUCGUCAACAAACAGAAAUCUGAAAUUGAUGAGAUGAAAUCUAAACACCUGGCUGUUCUAAAUAAACAGGAAAAAGAAAUCAAACAGAUUACUUCUGAUGUAAGAGAAUGUAUUCUUGAUCUGAAAAAAAUACUUGACUCCAAUGAUGUCUCCCUAACCUCUGGGUACAAAUCCAGGAAUGCUGAAUUCAGAAGUUUACCACCUAAGGUCAAUGUCUCAUUACCAAGUUUCUCUUCUCUUCAAAUCAACACAGAACAACUCCAUCAAAUGUUUGGUUCAAUAUCACCAUUAUCCAUUACAACAGAAGAACAUGGCUACACAAUGAAGACACCAGAAGCUGUAACCUCUCCUCCAGUCAAACCACUGCUUGAUAAACCAGAGCUCAUCACCACCAUAGACACUGAGUAUAACAAACUAUACAGUGUUACAUGUCUCAGUGAUGAAGAAAUCUGGACACGUGGACAAGACAAAAUCAUGAAACUCAAUCUCCAGGGCAAAGUACUGAAGUCAAUCCAAACCAAGUCUAGGAAUGAACCACGCGACAUAGCAGUGACAAAGAGUGGAGAUCUAGUUUAUACUGACUCUUAUACAAGAAGUGUAUGCAUAGUGAACAAUAAACAGAGACAGGAAGUGAUCAGACUACAGGGGUGGAGACCUCGCAAUGUCUAUAGUACUUCCUAUGGUGAAAUCCUGGUUAACAUGGUAAGUGAUGAUAAUAAACAAUCAAAAGUUGUCCGUUACUUAACCUCCACAGAAAAACAAACCAUUCAGUUUGAUAGUGAGGGUAAACCUAUCUUUUCAUCUGGUAAUCUUAAAUACAUCAGUGAGAACAGGAACCUGGAUAUCUGUGUAGCUGACUAUGAAGCCAAAGCAGUAGUGGUGGUUAAUCAGGCAGGAAAACUCCUAUUUAGAUACACUGGUCAUCCCUCUACUGACAGGGGAUCAUUUUAUCCAGUCGGCAUUACGACAGACAGCCAGAGUCCGAUCCUGAUAGCAGACAAAAUCAACAGCUGUAUCCACAUCCUAGAUCUGGACGGACAGUUCUUUUGUUACAUUGAUAACUGUAAUCUAGAGUUUCCAUUGGGUUUAUGUGUAGACACCAGUGACAACCUCUUUGUGGCUGAGUAUGACAGUGGUUACGUGAAGAAAAUCAAAUAUAUGUGA